AUCUAGUCCCUCAUCUGCUGUUGUUGUUAUUGCUGGAUAGCUUGCGAUGGCAUCGUCACCGCCCGGCGGAGGAUGCUUUUGGACCUUACGAAGCAUCGUUUUCCUUCUCAAUUUAUUUUUUUGGCUUUCGGGAUUAUUUGUAUUGGUAUUGGGCCUGUGGCUUUUACUGGAUCGUUCGGUUAAUGAUGUCCUUACUGCAAAUAGUCCUUCUCAAACAAGUGACCAUUUCCCAUUGAUAUGUUAUCUGCUAAUUGGCACUGGGACAUUGAUGGCGCUGAUUGGAGGAUUGGGCUGUUGUGGUGCGUGGCGUCUCAAUCAAGGAAUGCUAACCGGUUUCUUCAUCAUCCUUUUGUUGGUGUUUUGUUUACAACUGGCCGCUGCAAUACUGGCUUACAGUCAACAGGAGUUUAUCAGACGCUACAUCGAUCAGUCAAUGUAUCGCAUUGUGCAGGAACUUUACGCUACCCAGCCAUCUUAUAAGGAAUUGUUUGAUAAUAUACAGAGUGAAGUAA